CAUUAUUCUACAUUUUAACAAACACUGGACAUCAGUUUAUUUUUCUUUGUGUUUAUUUGAAAGUGAGAUAGAGGACAGAGAGAGGCAGAGUACCUGUUACAUCCAUCUGCAUUUCCUCUGAGGUCCCAGAUGAUGCUGUGGAAAAGUGUAUUCUUGUCCCAGCUUGUGGACAUCCAGACAGGGAUCCAGGCUCCCAGCUGCAUCUAUCCCAGCUCCAUCACACCAUGGGCAGCCUCAGGCCUGUCCACUGGCCCCUGAUCGUGGUCCACAUGCUUCUUCUGCAAAUGCCGCCCGUUAAGGUGCAGGGAGUUGAUCCUGUGUCCCAGAAACUACGACGACUCAACGAACAGUUCCAGCAGUUCCAGGCGCUGACCCAGGCCCGUUUGGACAUGUUGGCCCAGAAUCAGAACAGAAAUUCCUCGGGAGGGCUGGAUAACCGUGUUCAGGCCCUGAGUGACAACUGGCACCGCAUGUCACAGGACCUCCAACACCUCAAGCAGAGCACAACGCAGGAGAUACAGGGUCUCAGAGAGUGGAGCAGGAAGCUCGAGAAGAAGAGUAAACGUAUGGAGGGUCGACUGGCUUUGAUGGAGAGGAGCCUGAGGGGGAACCGCCGCCACGGCCAGAAACAGAAGCCUGACCCUGGUCAGGAUCUCUCCAACCUUACCCUGGAGCUCCAGAGCCAAGACGAAAGACUGGCUGCCCUUCAGGUCCAGCGAGACGAGCUCCUCAUUGGACUGAAAGGGCUGCAGGAAUCCCUGAAAAACCAGGCACUGCGCGUGACCCGGCUGGAGGGCCGUAUCGGUGAGGGCCUGCAGCAGAAUGGAGGAGGUUUGUGGGGUGUGGGAGAGCCCUUCAACUCUAAGAUCAAACCUCAGGCAUACUAUGAACCACGCAGGAGAAGCCAGACACAUAGAGGAGGCAGGCCUGGAAGGAUUCUGGACACUCUACCCAGAUCAGAAGAUAUCAUCUAUUCCCAGACUGAUAAUCAUUCACAAUCCACAGCUCAAAACAGAAACCAUCCACAUCCUUAUAAAUACCAAGCAACAUCAAACCAGCCUAAACAUUUAAAGAAGUCAAGACCUCAGCCAGAAUCUCAUGCGCGUUACUUGCCGCAGCCUGACCCUUACCAUCCCCAGUCACAGAUCCAGAUGCAGGCCCAGACAAAGCCUCACCCGAUCCAGCAGGAGCAGCUCCAGUCUCAACAGACUGUGCCUGAUCUUCAGCCACAGGCCCGGCAACAAUCACAGGCUCACUUAUAUCGUCAGAGACAUCCCCAACUACGCAACCUCACUCAUUUCUCUGGGCCCCAGCCCCUGCCCUAUUCUCCAAACUAUCCUGAACCCAUCAAAGACAGACAGAGCAGGACAGGUCAGCGGGCUCCACCGCCCCAGGCUUCAGAUGAUCUUCCUCAGCCCAAGUCUUAUCAGUCCAGGGUGAGCGGGUGGGAUGGAGGAGAGGAGGAAGAAAGCGACACAAAAAUAGAGUAUUCAGUGAUUCACACCUUCCUCCAGCUUCCUGUGAGGCACAAGAUCCCUGCACAACCGGUUCCCAAAAAGGAUGCAACCAGUAAGUAA